AUGCUUUUAAGCAUUCCUCUUAAAAACACUUGCAGAUUACAAUGGACUCCCACUUUACUGGAAUAUAUUUCAAUCAUGUAUGCAGAGGAUGCAAAAAAGUACGAAGAAGAUUGCAAAAUACUAGAUUCUUUACGAAAUCGUUCAUUGUUUCAGCCAUUUGAUGCUCCAUUUGCUUUAGAAGAUUUAUCAAUCUAUUACAAUCAACUAACAUUUCUAGGAUCUCGAUUCCCAGCACAUAUAAAUUUAAAUAUAGGAUGGUUUUCGAUUUUCCAACCUCAAGAUAAACCAGAAAUCAUGACCAAUUUGAAUUAUGAAAAAGCUUGCGUUUUAUUCAGAAUUGCUGGUGUAUAUAGUGAAUUGGGAUGUUUACAAAGUUGGAUUUCAACAGAAGGAACACGCAAAUCAUGUCAUUUAUUUCAGAAUGCUGCUGGAUGUUUAAGUUUUGUAAAAUCAGAUUUAUUGUCUGAUUUUCAAGCAAAAUCACACCAAGAUUUUGAUAUGAUAGACGCAUUUAUUGCGCUCAUGAUGGCUCAAGCACAUGAAUGUGUUUGGAAAAAAGCUAUCAUGGAGCAUAUGAAGCAUGGAACAGUGGCUCGACUUGCGAUGAAAGUUUCUGAUCUAUAUAAUACCUUUCUCUUUAAUAUAUCUAGUAAUAUACCCACUACUUGGAAAGUAUAUGCAGACACCAAAUCUAAAUAUUUCAAAGCAGUCGCUCAUUAUCAAAAAGCAAAUGAAGCGAUUUCAUCUGGUCGUUAUGGUGAAGAGAUAGCUCGACUGCACAUAGCAGAGUCCUUCCUAGCAAAUAUUAAAUCACAAGAUUCUCUUUUAUUACACAAAAGUUUUUUAGAUCAAAUAACAACUUUAGAUCAAGCUAUUCAGCAAGAUUUACUUCGAGCUGAAAAAGAUAAUGAUAUUGUGUACAUGGAAACCGUUCCUGAGUCAAAUCAAUUAGCGCCUAUUUUACGCUCAGAUAUGGUGAAGCCAAUUAUACCUAGUUUUAUAUCAGAUUCUAGUUAUUGGUUAACUUUACCAGAUCGACCCAAUGAUGACUGCUUUAUAAGAAGACCAUUAUUUGAAAAUUUAGUACCUUUUGCAGUACAUCAAGCUGCUAGUAUUUAUUCUGAUAAAAAAGAUUAUAUUGUAAAAGUAGAAAUUGGAAAAAAGAUUCAUGAACUUGAUGCUAUUUAUCAAAAAUUUUUAGAAGACCAUAAUUUACCAUAUGCUUUAGAUAGCAUUGAUACAUUACCUGAAACAUUAAGAAAUUAUGCAGAAGAAGUCCAGCAUGAAGGUGGUAUGCAAUCGCUUCAGGACAUGCUACAAAACGUUCAAAAGAUGUCAUUAAAGGCAAUUGAUUUAAUAAAUGAAGGUUUUAAUGCUCUUGAAAAAGAGAAUGAAUAUAAUGUAACUCUUAGUAAACAGUAUGGAAAAUUAUGGAGCCGUCCAAGUUCGCAAACAUUAUCACAAAACUUACUUACUCUUGGUUCAAAAUAUUAUGAUACUGUUCAAGCAGCUCAAAAAGCAGAUCAUAUUGUCCAAGCCAAAAUUAAUAAUUGGGGGAAAGCAAUAUCAAUGCUAUCCAAACCUGAGUCAGAAAUUAUCCAGCAUCUACCAAAUAUAAAACCAAAUGAAGAAUAUGAUGAUGACUAUACAACUAUGAAGAUAUUAUUAACUCAUUUACGAGAUAAACUACAAUUACUAGAAAAGACUUUUCAAGAGCGCAAAAAUCUACAAAACGAAAUGGUAGAAUAUGCUAAACAAGAUGAUAUUUCACAAGCCUUGCUGACAAAGGCAAACGAGCUUACAAAUGGAUCAUUUCUUGUAAAACUAGAACCAGAACAAUUUUCGACUGAGUUUGAUAAACAUUCACAGGCAUAUCAACCUUUUCAAACAAAAAUUCAAGUUAAUACAGAUCAUCAAGCAGACAUAAUAAAUACAAUGAUUGGAUUAUUAAAUCAAUUUUCAUUUAUCAAAGAAAAUAACAAUGUAUUGAAAAAACGUGAAAAAGCCAUUGUGAAUUUAGAAUCAGCCUUUACUCGUUUCAAAGAAAUAAGAACCAAUUUAGUAGAAGGAAUAAAAUUUUAUUCUCAUUAUAUCGAUAUACUUUCGCAGUUUAGAAAUGAAUGUGUCUCAUUUGAACUGUCAAGAAGAUUAGAAGCAAUUGACAUUGUAGGAAAUACAAAUCAUGCACCUAUGUUAUUAUGA